AUGCAAACUUAGUACCCACCUAAAGGAGGAGUCAAUAAGGGCUAAAUAAUCCCAUUAAAAAGUAGCUGCCCCUUUGAUUGUUAAUGCAAAUCUGAAGAAAUAAGAAAUUGGCAUCAUAAAUCAUGUUCUGAGUUGUGUUUCGUCAGUUAAUAUGGUGAUAUAUUUUGUCAACAUCACUUAAAAAUAUGUGAUGGGUAUUUAAUUCAAGAUGCUUCUUUUGAAUGUAGUUCGGCUGGGAAAGGCAAUACUUGGAAAUAAUAUAGAGGAAAUUCAUAAUUUUUUAUGGCAUUAGUCUUAUGUAUUAAAGCUGCUGAAAUUUCACUUGAUUCAAAUAAUGAAUUAAUCAAUUUUACUACUAGUUUACAAAAAGAAGCAUUCUAGAGACGGAAUUAAUGA